GCUCCCCGGGGGAAGCGGGACARCCUUCCCCCGCACAUCUGCUCGCUGGCGCACAGAGCCUACCGCAACCUGCUGAUGCAGCGGCGGGACCAGGCCAUCGUCCCCCUGGGGCACAGCGGGGCCGGCCGGACCCGGUGCUGCCAGGGCGCUCUCGAGUACCUGGUGGGCACGGCGGGCAGCCUGGAUGGCAGGGUGUCAGUGGAGAAGAUCCAGGCGAUGUUCACAAUCCUGGGAGCCUUCGGCUCGGUGAGCACCGGCCGCAGCAGCAGCUCCACGCGCUUCUCCAUGGUGCUGUCGCUGGAUUUCAGCGCCACCGGCCAGGUCACUGCUGCUCACCUGCAGACCCUGCUGCUGGAGAGGGCCCGUGUGGCCCARCAGCCCGAUGGAGAGAGCAGCUUCAACAUCUUCCCACUGCUGCUGGCGGGGCUGGACAUGGCAGAGAGGACGAUGCUGCACCUGCACCAGGUGGCUGAGAGCAAUUCCUUUGGGAUCAAACCCUUCACAAAGCCCGAGGAYAAGCAGAGAGCCUCGGUGGCUUUCUCCCAGCUCCGGGCUGCCAUGGGCACGCUGGGCAUCACCGCGGAGGAGCAGGCGGCCGUGUGGCGAGUCCUGGCUGCAAUCUACCACCUGGGAGCUGCUGGAGCCUGCAAAGUGGGCAGGAAGCAAUUCCUGCGKUUCGAGAGCGCCAGCCGCGCCGCAGAGGUGCUGGGAUGCGAUGUGGAGGAGCUCGGCAGCGCCGUCUUCAARCACCACCUGAGGCACAUCCUGGCGCAGGUGACAGCGAGGGGACAGCCCCCGGCAGAGGAGAGCCCGCCAGGGCCGAAGAUGACGGGAGCAGAGUGCGUGGAAGGAAUGGCCUCGGGGCUCUACGAGGAGCUCUUCGCCGCCGUGGUCUCGCUCAUCAACAGGUCCUUCUCCUCACAGCACCUCUCGGUGGCCUCCAUUGCCGUGGUGGACACCCCUGGCUUCCAGAGCCCGCGGCAGCAGCGCGGCGAGCGAGCRGCCACCUUCGAGGAGCUGUGCCACAACUACGUCCAGGAGAGGCUGCAGGGGCUCUUCUACGAGAAAACCUUCCUGUGCGARAUGGAGAGGUACCGAGAGGAAAAUGUUGAGGUGUCUUUUGAUCUUCCAGAGCGCUCCCCUCUGGCCGCGCUGUCCAUCAUCGACCUGAGCUGCUCCCAGCCCCAGGUGCUCCCGGGCAGCCCUGGGGCCGCUUGCCGGGGUUUGCUGUGGAUCCUGGACGAGGAGGUGCUGAUCCCAGGCUCCGGCGAUGGCACCGCCUUCGAGCGCCUCUGCUCUUACUUCGCCACCAAGGGACCCGACCAGGAGGGUGACGGGCACCUGCGCAGGUGUGAGCAGACGCUGCACUUUGAGAUCUGCCACCGGCUGGGCACGGCCCCCGUGCGCUACGACCUCACGGGCUGGGUCAGCAAGGCCAAGUUCAACCUGUCGGCCCAAAAUGCCAUCCAGGUGCUGCAGAACUCCACGGUAGCUGCGGUCCGGGAGCUGGUGCAGCCGCGGGCUCGGGCUCCGCUGCCCUGCCGAGCCCUGGCCGGGCUGGACGGGCGCUCCCAGGCAGCCCUGCACCGCAACGCCUGCCUCCGGAAAACCUUCGCCAGCAGCUUCGCCGCCGUGAGGAAGAGAUCGGUGUGCGCCCAGGUCAAGCUGCAGGCGGACGCCCUCACCAACCUCCUCCGCCGGUCGCAGCUGCACUUUGUCCACUGCGUCCUGCCAGGACUGGGCUGGGAAGGGCCGGUCCCUGGGUCCCCAGCACCACUGGACACAGCCCCUCAGCUGGACGUGGUGGCCCUGCGGACACAGCUGGAGGGGACCCAGCUCCUGGAUGCCCUGCGCCUGCACCGUGCCAUCGAGGAGCUGUUCCAGGCGCUGGAUCUGGAGAAGAAGAGUGUUGCUGUGGGGCGCACACAGGUGUUCCUGAAGCCGGGGGUCCUYUCCAGGCUGGAGAAGCAGCGGGACAAGCUGAUAGCCCAGAAGAUGACUCUGCUSCAGGCUGCCUGCAAGGGCUUCCUCAGCCGACAGAAGUUCAAGAGGUUGAAGAUCCAGCGCCUCGCUGUCCGCUGCAUCCAGAAGAACCUGGUGGUGUUCCAGGCGGUCAGACACUGGCCCUGGUGGCAGCUGCUGGGCCACGUGCGGCCCCUGCUCAGCGUGAACCUUGCCGAGGAGCAGCUUCGUGCUAAGGAGGAGGAGCUGGCGGCGCUGAGAAGGAAGCUGGAAAAAUCCGAGCAGGCAUGCAGCGAGCUCAAGCAGACUACAGAGAGCCUGGAGAGCAAGAUCAUUGACCUGACCACGGAGCUGUCRGACGAGCGCUACAAGGGCGAUGUCACCUGCCAGGCGCUGGAUGGGGAGCGGGCGGAGCGGCUGCGGGGCACCCGCGAGCUGCAGGAGCUGCAGAGCAAACACGACCAAGUGCAGAAGAAGCUGGAGUCGGUGGAAAAGCAGCUGGAAGAGGCCCAGCAGCUGGUGCAGCUGCGRGAGAUGAAGAUAAGCGGCUCUGGAGGAGAGGACGAGUGGCAGGUGCGGUUUGACUGUGCCCAGACCGAGAUCGUUUUCCUGCGGAAGCGGCUGGCGCAGCUGGAGGAGCGGCUGGAGGCAGAGCUGGGCACCAGGACGGGGCUGGAGCAAAAGCUGGCAGAGGCACAGACGGCGUGCCAGGCGGCGCGGGACGGGGCACAGCGGCUGCGGCGGCGCUGCCAACGCUUGGCCUGCGAGCUGGAGGAUGCCCGGGGGCUGGCUGAGAACCAGCAGAGCCGCAGCCACGAGCUGGAGAAGAGGCAGAAGAAGUUUGACCUGCAGUUAGCCCAGGCCCUGGGGCAGUCAGCCUUUGAGAAGAGCCUCCGUGAGAAGCUGUCCCAGGAGAACACGAGCAUCCGCUGGGAGAUGGGCAAAGUCCAGCAGAGCCUGGAGCACAAGGAGGCCGAGGUGGCCCGGCUGGAGCAGCAGGUGGCCGUGCUGGCCGGCCGAGUGCAGGAGCUCAGCAGCCCYGGGGCCACGGACACGGUGCCCGCGCUCAAGAAGCAGCUCUGGGAGCUGGAGGGCAGCGCUGCCGAGCAGAGGAAGGAGCUGGAGCGGCAAACUGCCGCCGUGGAUCACCUGGAGCAGGUCCACGAGAGGCUGGAGCUGGAGAUUGAGAGGAUGAAGCAGAUCCACCAGAAGGAGCUGGAGGACAAGGAUGAGGAGCUGGAGGAUGUGCAGAAGUCCUGCCAGAAGAGGCUCCGGCAGCUGGAGAUGCAGCUGGAACAGGAGCACGAGCAGAAGCAGAUGGUGCUGCACGAGAAGCAGGACCUGGAAGGGCUCAUUGGCACCUUGUGUGAGCAGAUCGGCCACCGCGACUUCGACGUGGAGAAGCGGCUGCGGCGCGAUUUGCGGCGGACCCGCGCCCUCCUGGCCGAUGUGCAGCUGCUCCUGGCGGCCCCAGCAGAGCCCGGAGGCAGCGCCCAGGAGCUGGAGAACCUGCGCAAACAGUUGGAAGAGAGCGAAGCCAAGUGUGCAGAGGCCCAGCAAUCCCAGCAGACAGCGGCCCUGGAGCUGGAGAACCUGCACACAGAACUGGAGACCCUCAGCAGGAACAAGAACCUGGUGGACGGGCAGCUGUUCCAGCUGCAGCAUGAGAGGGCCGACCUGCUGAAACGCAUCGAUGAGGACCAGGAAGACCUGAACGAGCUCAUGGAAAAGCACAAGGCUCUGAUCGCUCAGUCGGCCACGGACAUCGCUCAGAUCCGGGAGCUGCAGACGCAGGUGGAGGAUGUGAAGAAAGAAAAGCAGAGCCUGCAGGAGAAGCUGCAGGCAGCACAGUCCAGGGUGGCCCAGCUGGAGCAGUGCCCGGCCGAGCGCUCCAUCGUCAGCCGGCAGGAAGCGCGGAUCCGCGACCUGGAGAGCCAGCUGGACUUCCAGGCCGUGCAGAUGAAGCGAUUCGAGGAGCAGCAGCUGGCAGAGCUGGCAGAGGUGAGGCAGGCGCUGCAGGCUGACCUGGGCACCUCCAUCCGCCGCAUCGCAGAYCUGCAGGUGGCCCUGGAGGGGCUGCGUGACAGCGACGACAGCGACGCUGAGAGCGUGCGGACGGCGCGGGAGUCGCUGUGCUCCAGGAGAGACACGGAUGCCUGCUCCAGCCUGGGCUCUGUGCUCAGCCUGGAGCCCGCGGAGAGUGUCAAAUCCUGGCCGAGCUCCUCCACGGGCUGGACAUCCCUGGCGAGCGCCAGCGUGGCCGGGAGCAUUUCAGCACCGUCCGUGGGCACCCGCAGCACCCAGAGCCUGAGGGUGAGCAGAGACACCAAGGACUCCGCUCUGAGCCGACCGCUGUCCUCCCGGAGCUCUGCCACWCCCGGCGAGGCUGUGGAUCCGGGGAGAACGACGAGCCCGCUGCUGGCGGCUAGAAGACGGGAUUAUGGAAAACCUCCGGCMGAAGAAGAGGAGCUGGAGAGCCCAAAAAAGCCGGUGGAUAGGAUCGGAGAGACGUCCCCAUCGGCACCGCGGCCGGGCGGCUCCCCAGCUCCGGACGGGCGGUUCCCCAGCGCGAUAUCUCCGCCGGUGCCCGGCAGGAGAAGGCUCUCGGUGGCCCCGGGGCCGGUGCCCAGCUCGGCCGCUCUCUCCGAGUACGUGGAGGAGCUGCGGAGGCAGCGGGGAGCGGAGCAGGAGCCGGGGCUGCCGGCGCUGGGGGACCCCGCUCCGCUCCCCAUUUACCGCACCACCAGCGCCGCGGCUCUGCGGCGCUGCCGGGCUGUGCCGGCGGCCGAGGAGCCCCCGGGGAGGCUGCAGGGGGAUCAGGCAGGGGAAGGAGAAGGAGCUGGUGCCAGCCUCACAUGCUCCUCCAGCCUGCGGAGCAUGGCCUCGGAGCCGGCCGAGCGCCCGCGUUCCCCGGCGCUGAAAAGAGCAUCGAAAUUCGGCUCCUACGACUCCCUCCUGCCGGCCCUCGACGGCUCUCGAUGGCCGAGCUCACCUGCUGCCGGCACGGAGGGGCUGGGGGUGCCCCGGCUGAGCUGGAGGAGCUGCCUGGAGCCGUCGCUGGAGGAUGUGGAGCUGGGCAAAGAGCCGGAGGGAUUGCUGAGCUCCCUGUCCGGAGAGGGGAAGGGCAGUGACCCCUUCAGCUGGAGAAUACCCACCCUCAACUACGAGAGGAAAGCCAAGGUCGACUUCGACGAUUUCCUGCCGGCCAUCCGCAAGUCCCGCUCCACCAGCAGCCUGGCCAGAGCCCGCAGGGACAGACGCGACGGCCACCGGCCCCUCACCGUGCGCUUCGAGGAUGAGGCCAUGGCGGGCACUCUGGAGUCCUCUGAGACCAAGGGCACAGCCAAAAGCAGCCCGGCACCUCGGGGAGAGCCCGGGGACCUCUCUGACUCCUCCUCAUCGUCCGGCUCUCACCUCUCAUCCCGGAGCGCCGACAGCAUCAAGCGCCGGCCGCAGACCCCGAGAGGGGACGGGGAAGGUUCCAGCGGCAGAGGCAGCGCCCCGGGCAGUGGGAUGAGCCGGCGAGCCGAGGCCGAAGGMAAGGAGGAUGAUGUCAGCAGCAUCAUGAAGAAAUACCUGGGCAAAGAUUAA